UUGAACAAAAUUGUAUACAAUCAGUGGAACAUCCAAAAGAUAUAAAACCACCAUUACGCAUUUUGAGCAUUUUGUAAAAUUACUCUUUUUUUUUUUUUUUUUUUUUUUUUUUUUUUUUUUUUAAAUAUAUUAUCAACGCGAAUUAAGGAACAUUUUUUAAAAUGUUAUUGUAGAGUUAAAAAUAGAAUGAUGAAGAUCUCGAUUUAUCAAUUGCCUCAAAUUAUCUCAGUGUAUACAGAAAUAUUUAAUGUAUCUCACUCUUGUAUUUCGGAAGAAAACAAUAAGAGAGGACAAAAGAAAUUUAUAAAAUCGAUUAUACGUAUUAAUAAGAAAAUUUGUAAUAUUUUUCAGAAACAUGCAAUGUUUUAUUUAAAACGGAAAAUUUUUAUAAAAACGAUCGAAACCAGUCAUUUUUUGUAUUGAUUGGUAAUUCUAGUAUUAAAGUUUUUACCUUCGAAAUCUGAAUCACACAUACACAUAAUAAACAUAAUAUUGUAGUGGAAAUGGAAUUGUGCGCGAAGUAUCGUGUACAGGCGGUUAAAUAUGAAACUGAAUUAUAUAAUUAUUUUAGACAUACACAAGAGUAGGAUACACAGAUAGCACAAUUUUUUCAUUUUUUAAUAAUACUAUAAUAUAUAUUCUAACAAUAGAACAGAAAAAUUGUUAAAAAUUUUUAAGAAUAUAUUAAAUUAAUCAAUUUUUGAUUGCUUUAACCUCGACAUAGCGUGUGUUAGGACAUGAGUUACCAUCCCCACUUUAUUUCAUUUAGGGAAUUGUCGCGCAUACGCAUAACGAACAAAGUUUUUUGCCAGCAGAGAAAAUAAUAUCAUUUAUACCGUGAUAUUUUCAGCCUUUUCCCGAUUUAAUUGGUAAUGUAGUCUUCUUAUUGCAUAUAUGGAAUCUCUAUUGCAAUAAUCGAAAUAAAAUUAUAUCGAUAAUCAAAAUCUCAUUCGAGAUACACCAAACAGAAGAAUCGAUAAUACAAAAUGGCUUCUUGUUAAAGAAUGAACGUAUGCGUAUUAUCAAGUGCAGUGAUUCCAUAAUAUUUUCAUUAUUUAUAAUUUAUAUAAUAUCAACAUGGGCUCAUCAGAUAUAGAAGCUUUAGAUUCAAAAAGAGAAAUCGUUGGCAUAGACUCAGAAUCAGAUAUGCUUGGUGAUCAAAGGAAAAAGAAGAAAAGAAAACACAAGCACCACAAACAUAAAAAGGAUAGAGUGAUAGAGAAGGAAGAUGGAAGAAUAGAUAGACAAGAAAGGAAAAAACACAAGAAACAUAAAAGACCGCGUAAAGAGAAGGAAAUUGAAAAUGGUUCAUUGGAUGAGAAAGCACCAUCUCGUAUUAAUCAGAAAGAAAUAGGUCUUAAUGGCAAGGUCAAAAAUUCAUUAUUAGAAAUAGUUUCUACAGAAGAAAGCGAAGAUGAGAAAUUAAUAGAUCUGGAUUCUGAUGAAGUAGAUUGUACUAUUAUCGAGGAUGAUAUUGAUUUGGAAGAAUUAAUGAAACAGAAGGAGCGAUUACAAGCAUGUUUAGUUCAAUAUUUGUCGGAUGAGUCGGAAAAGGAAGAUAAGGAACCGGAAGAGGAGGAGGAAGAAGAAGAAGAAGAAGGAGGAGGAGAGGAGGAUGAAGAAACAAAAGCAGAAACUCCAGAUGUAAUACUCGUAGAAGAUGAUAGUGAAGAUGACAAUAUACUCCAUAAAAAACGACCUAGAAGUAAGUCAGGAAGUAGGGAACGUAAAAAAAUAUCGAAACCUGAAAGACGCGUUGUAGUUGAUAUGAGUAGAGAUCGAAGAACCAGAGAGGACCACAAAGAUAAGAGAAGAGAUUCUGACAGAAGAAGAGAGGAUAAGACCCGGCCAAGAGAAGAAAUAAAAAGGGACGACGUGAGAAGGGAUGAGAAACGGAAAACUAAUGAAAGGCAUAAGGAAGAUUCGAGAAAAGAGGAUUCUAGAAAAAGGAUAGAAGAAGAGAAACGUAAAGAUACUACUAGUAGUAGAAGGGAUGAAUCGCGCAAAAGAGAGCACGAUCGAAGGGAGGAAGAACGACUAGACAGAAAACGAGAUUUGAGUCGACAUUUAUCCAGAUCUCAUAACGAUUCUAAGUGUCAAGAUGCUAAAGUGGAUAUUAAACAUAUUUCAUCGAGGCGUGAUAGCCGUGAUAGAGGAGACAAUCGGGAUCGUCAAAGUAGUCGAGAUCGACAAUCGAGCCGAGAUCGACAUACCAGUCGCGAUCGUUAUAAUCGAGAUAGACCACUAAGUAAAGAUCGUCAUUCCAGUCGUGAUAAAAGAGAUAGCAGAGAACGACAUACUAGUCGAGAUCGUCAUGCCAAUAGGGAUAGACAAGCCAGUCGUGAUCGUAUGGACACAAGGGAUCGCCGCGAUAGUCGGAAUCAUGAGAAGAUUAGAGAACGAUCUAGAAGUACGAGAAGAUCUCGUAGUCCUAUUAGAAAUAGAAUGGACAGAGAUCGCAACGAUCGUUAUAAAAGAUCGCGUUCUUUAUCUCGAAGUCGAAGGGGUAGGGAAAAACACAUACGAGAUCAUGAAAGGGAUAGAGAGAAGAAUGUUCUAGCGAAGAAGAGAUCAAGGAUAUUGACAUUGAAGAAGAGGAAGAUGAGGAAGCUAUUAUUGAACGUAGAAGAAAACAGAGAGGAGAGUUACUCAAGUGGACCAUAUGAAGACUCAAAUAUGUCUGCUGAUGUAACAGCUGUCACUGGAACUCCUCCGUCUGAAAGUCAUUCAAAUACAUCUCAAAAAUCACCAGAGAUACCUUCUAACAAUAAUGAAUCUACUUCUGAAAGCCAUACUCCGCCACUGCCUGAAAAGCCAAAGUCACCACAGCCAGUUAAGAAAAGAAAGUCCAGAUUUGAGGAUGCAUUACCUGAAGAAUCUGAGAAGGCUGAAAACAUACAAAAUGCAGAGAAAGUUAAGCAAGAUGAAAAACAAAGUACAAGGAAAACGAAUGAAUGGGAUAUGUUUGCUGAAGCGGAUAAUAUCGGUGAUUUUAAUAGUCCUACCGUUGAAGGAAAACGUUUAGGUGGUCCUGACAACCCUAGUUUAACAGAUAAUUGGGAUGAUGCGGAAGGAUAUUAUCGCGUUCGGGUUGGUGAGACUUUAGAUUCGCGAUAUGUUGUUUAUGGUUAUACAGGACAAGGGGUUUUUAGCAAUGUCGUAAGGGCUAGAGACAGUGCUCGAGGCAAUUUAGAUGUUGCGGUGAAAAUAAUCCGGAACAAUGAAAUUAUGCAUCGUACUGGUCUCAAAGAACUAGAAAUACUUCGGAAACUUAACGAUGCAGAUCCAGAGGACCGAUUUCAUUGUUUGAGAUUAUUUAGGCAUUUCUUUCAUAAAAAUCAUUUAUGUAUGGUAUUUGAACCAUUAGCUAUGAAUUUAAGAGAGGUAUUGAAAAAAUAUGGUAAAGAUGUUGGUCUGCAUGUCAAAGCAGUCAGGUCGUAUACACAACAGCUUUUCCUUGCAUUAAAAUUAUUAAAACGAGCAAAUAUUUUACACGCUGACAUUAAACCAGAUAAUAUUCUAGUCAGUGAAAGUAAACUGGUAUUGAAACUUUGUGAUUUUGGUUCUGCCUCUCAUGCUCAUGAAAAUGAGAUAACACCGUAUCUUGUAUCAAGAUUUUAUCGUGCCCCUGAAAUUAUUCUUGGUAUACCAUAUGAUUUUGGCAUUGACAUGUGGUCUGUUGGAUGCACAAUAUAUGAAUUAUACACUGGGAAAAUAAUGUUUUCGGGAAAAACAAACAAUCAGAUGUUAAAGUUUUUCAUGGAUCUAAAGGGCAAGAUGCCUAAUAAACUAAUAAGGAAAGGAACCUUCAAGGAUCAACAUUUUGACUCUAACUGCAAUUUUCUUUAUCAUGAAGUUGAUAAAGUUACUGAGCGGGAAAAGAUCGUCGUAAUGUCCACUCUUCCGGCAACUCGUGAUCUUAAUGCAGAACUUGGUGGGAAUUCAUUACCACCCGAACAAAGUCGGAAAGUUGGUCAGCUGAAAGAUCUGUUAGAACGCACGUUGAUGUUGGAUGCAGGGAAAAGAAUCACUGUGAACCAUGCUCUGGCACACCCUUUUAUACAAGAAAAAAUUUAGGUAACCCUGCCUAGGGUCCUUGUACAACAGAAAAAUUAUUAACGUAAAUUUGUGAAUUUGAAAUGAGACACCGCUAACGAUAAUCCGCAUUCACCGAAUAUUAUCAAAUAUUAAAUACGGAUAUUGCUAGCCAAAAUGGUGUCUGUCUUACAUGAACUGUCUGUAUUGGUUUUAGCAGAAAGAGGCGGCGCAUAGUUUCAAGUGUAACUCAAUCAAGACAACGAAGAGCAUAAAGCAGUAAAUAUUUAUAAUGCAUGUAUCAUCGUAUUGCAACGUUGUACUCUAUCAAUCUGAAAUAACGUAUUACUCUAUCAAUCUGAAAUAACGUAUUAAUUAGGUUGUUAAGAACUAUUACAGGUCAAUAGAGUGCAAUAUUUUUUAUAAGACAUAAUCAAUUUUCGUAAGGAAGUAAAUUACUUCCUAAUAUCUGUUGUAUAAGCAAUUUUAGCGGGAACAUAGAAUUUUACUAUUUAAACGUAUUCACAGAAUUUCAUAACGUAUUACUUAAAUACGUAAUUAGGUUAUAUGCCUUUUUAUUUUUGUCUUCAAGUAAUAAUCAUUGUGAAUUAAUAAGUAAUGAGCUCACGUUAAAAAGAAAAAGAAAAAGAAAAAGAAAAAAAAAAAAAUGAUAUAUUCUUAUCAAUCUCAUAAAUACUUGGUACCUAAAAGUAACGUUGUUCUUAGGUGAAUGAGUCAGACUGGAAAAAGUGACCGCCUCUUUCAGCAUGAACUGGCCAUCGAUACUUAGCAUUAUGGUGAUGAAUCUUCAAUUCGAAUCAUCUUUAUGUGCAAGCGGACCUUUCAAGGGCCUUUAGUGCUGAUCCCGUUGCAAGCCCUCCCUGUGAGGAGGGGAGGCAACGGAAGAGAUCAGAUGCUGAGAAGGAAUGAUGAAAGGUGUCCCAAAGGAAUGGUAAAAACAACGCAUAGAUACUCUCUGCUCCGUCUCGUCAAACCUGCUUAAACAAGAUAUCAUCGUCGAGUCAUCAAAGAAUGGAUCAUCAAAGAUUGAACUAAUUAUGAGCCAAUACAAGGUUUGUCUUAAAGACUUAUCAAGAAGAGCAAAACUGUAAGUAUGUAUGCAGGUAAAGUAUAUAUCGUAAAAAUGUUAAAAAUAAAAAAUUAUAGAGAUGUAGCGUUUUUACAAUUCAUUAUUUUUAUAAUAUGAUAAGCAAUGAUUAAGAUUUUAAUAUAUAUUCUAAUCAUUAUGGCUUUGAGUUUUCAGAUAAUUAAUUAAAGAUCUCAAAAGAGUAUAACGACAGAUAUAAUAAAUGAAGAAACAUACAAUGAAAGAUAUUAUGUAUUAAUAUACAUAUGUACUUUUAAUAAAACUUAUAAUAUGCAAUAAAUAUAUUAGUAUAAUACAAUCACAGCGAGAUGUGGAAAUUUUGGUAUAAUGAAAUAUUAUCUAUUACUUUUGUGUAAGAAAUGUAAUAACGCAAAAAUAUAGUUUAUAUAUUAUACGA